CACACACAACGAAAAAUAAGUGAAACCUUAUAAAAAUUGCAUACAACAUUAAGUAGUACCAUGGAAGUGGAUGUGAUAAACAAAUUCAACCCGUCCAGAGAGAGGCAAGGGCCUUGUGUAACGUGAACUGUGCUGUGACUUAACCUUACCCCUAAUCCUGUUUAAAAGACCAACCAGGGAGGUAUUUGUUAAUUUUUUAAUUCGGCGGCCAUGCGCCCUUCGGCCCAGCAAAAAGGUGCUAGUGAUCGAACGUUUUUUCGUGUUGUAAGAUGGACUCGUUCCAAGAACUGUUCGCUGGUGGGGAUAAUUGGACCACAGGUGACAAUAGAGACGUUCUGAGGCCGGACAACAUUUCUUCCGCGGACUCUACCACCCCACCCCCGCAAAACAUCGACGAGAAGGAUGAGAGGAAGAGUGCGAAUUCCAUCAGAGCACAAAUCGAAAUAAUCCCGUGCAAAGUAUGUGGGGACAAAAGCAGUGGCGUGCACUACGGUGUGAUAACUUGUGAAGGAUGCAAGGGAUUCUUCAGGCGUUCGCAGAGUUCGGUGGUGAACUAUCAGUGUCCGAGGAACAAGAACUGUGUAGUGGAUAGAGUGAACAGAAAUCGGUGUCAAUAUUGUAGAUUACAGAAAUGUCUUCGGUUGGGGAUGAGUCGAGAUGCCGUAAAGUUUGGACGGAUGUCGAAGAAGCAGAGGGAGAAGGUGGAGGACGAAGUCAGAUUCCACCGGGCGCAACUAAGGGCACAAAGUGACACCGCACCUGACAGCGUUUUCGAGCAGCAGACGCCUUCGAGUAGCGACCAAUUACAUCAUAGUUAUAACGGAGGAUAUGCCUACAACAGCGAGGUGGGCACAUACACGCCGUACUACACGGGGCAGACGCAAGUACCGCCCAACUCCAUGGGCUAUGACAUCUCGGCGGACUUCGUGGACAGCACGACCGCCUACGAUCCACGGCCGGGGCUCGACGCCCUAAGCGACAAUGGCAGCCUCAUGACCAACGUCGUCACCACAGGGAAUACUAACACAAAUAACGGCUGUGGAGGUGGUGGCGGCAACAAACAAACAACCCUGUCCCUGUCCGAUUCCCGCACAUUUAAACGGGUCAGUCAGACGUCAUCUAGCACCACCCUCUCCGGUGGUACCGUGGUAUCGGUGAAACAGGAGGGCGCGGUGGAGAACCUGGUGCCCAGUUAUGUAGAUAGUACGACGUUCGUUAGUUCCCCGAACAUGCAACAAACUAACACGAUCCGGCAACAGAGUAGCGCGCAAAGUGUGCAGCAUAGAAGCGGAGACGAUUGUGAGUCUGUAGCUUUACCCAAUCCAAGUCAGAUAUCAGAACUUUUAUCAAAGACAAUAUCAGACGCACACACCCGUACUUGUUUGUAUUCGCUCGAACAUAUUCACGAAAUGUUUCGGAAACCGCAUGAUCUCACCCGACUGCUAUUCUACAAGAACAUGGUGCACGAGGACCUAUGGCUGGAGUGCGCGCAAAAACUCACAACAAUCAUACAACAAAUCAUUGAAUUUGCUAAAAUGGUACCUGGAUUCAUGAAAUUAUCGCAAGAUGAUCAAAUCGUCCUACUCAAAGCAGGAAGUUUUGAAUUAGCAAUAAUACGAAUGUCCCGAUAUCUGGACCUAUCUCAGAACAGUGUCCUUUACGGAGAUACGAUGCUGCCACAGAAUCUCUUCUUCAGUUCAGACACCACGGAAAUGAAACUGGUCACUUAUGUGUUCGAAGUGGCUAAGAGUAUAGCAGAACUAAAGCUGACAGAAACCGAAUUAGCUUUAUACUCGGCAUGCGUGCUCUUGUCUCCAGAUCGACCCGGAUUGAAAGGUAUAGGCGAGAUUGGAAGACUUAGCCAAGCUGUUCUUAAAGCUUUAAGACUUGAACUUGACCGAAACCACAGUCUACCUAUUAAGGGAGACGUUACUGUUUGUGAUGCCUUGCUUACUAAAAUACCUACAUUAAGGGAAAUUAGUAUGCUUCACAUGGAAGCUUUAGGGAAACUGAAAAGGUCUGCGCCCCAUCUGGACUUUCCAGCGUUACAUAAGGAGUUAUUUAGUGUGGAUAGUUGAGAACCUUCUGACACAUCUCCUGAUCUGUAGCAGCAGCCUUGUGUAGCUACUAUUCCUUCAUACUGAAUGUAUCGGCCUUAAAUACAUAAAUAAUAUUAAAAUAUAAUUUCGUUAUUAUGGAAUAAAAAUUUAUUGUUGUGACAUAGAAAUUUAAAGAAUCGCAGAUCUCUGAGAUAUCGUUUAAAAAACUGCAAAAGCUGUCGAGCCAGGCCCUGAUUUCAAAGUACAACUUAUUGUUUGUUGUUUGUUAUUAUAUCUAUGCAGAGUGUUGAACGGUUCUGAAUCCUAGGUGCUGAUUUCUUUGUUUGGAAUAUUUUUUGCGGUUUUUUAAAUGAAAUGUUUACGUAUCGUAAUCUGCCACUUAACAUAACACACUACUACACGUAAGAUUAAAGUUAUACACUACUGAUAUAUAAUAUAUUGACACCUUGUUUCAAAAUAGUAAGGAUUUAUUUUAGUUUUUAAAAAUACUAGUUUAGACUGCGUUUAUAUAUACGUAACGUAUACUGAAAUAAUAUUUAAAUCACUUUAGUUUUAGACUUAUUCUAGCUAAAAUACAAUACAAUAUAGAAAGACUGUAUGCUUAAAUCCAUAAGUUUUUACUAUUUUUUAACACGGUGUGUUUUAGUUAAGUUUUACUUGGUGACACAUGGUUUUAUAAAAGUACUAUAUAUAAAGAGAUGUAUAUGUAUAAAGUAUAUGAGAUAGAAUAUAGAAUAUUUAUGAAAUAGAACUAUAUCUGAUUCUUAUUUACACUGUUUUGUUUUGUUGUGGAAUCGGGCAAGAGCUCACUCCAGAAUGAAAUGGAUUAAAAUCGUGAUAAACAGAAAUUUACUUUCAGCUUCAGAUAGACUCGCAAUUCAUUACCUACCAGAGAUUACAUAAACACAACCGCAUUUUUAAUAAAUUUGUUCCUGAAAUUUUAUGUCAGCAAGCUAAUAUAACACCUCUUUUGGAGACAAUCGACUGGUUACUCAUUUUCAGAUUGAUUACACAGCCACACACAAAAAAAAAGUUGUCUGCACUUUUCAUAC